AUGGACCCCGACUCAGUGGCGAAGGCGUUCGUCGAGCACUACUACCGCACGUUCGACACCAACCGGGCGGCGCUGGUGGGGCUGUACCAGGAGGGCUCCAUGCUCUCCUUCGAGGGCGAGAAGUUCCAGGGAGCCGCCGCCAUCGCCACCAAGCUCACCUCCCUCCCCUUCACCAAGUGCGUCCACACCGUCGUCACUGUCGACUGCCAGCCCGCCGGCCCCACGGGCGGUAUGCUCGUCUUCGUCUCCGGAUCCCUCCAAGUCGACGGCGAGCACCACAUCAAGUUCUCCCAGAUGUUCCACUUGAUGCCACUCGGACCAGGGAACUUCUAUGUGCACAACGACAUGUUCCGCCUGAACUAUGGCUAA